AGGAGUGAAGGAGGAGGAGAGAGAGAUUAAUAAACAGCAAAAAAAAAAAAAGUCACAGUACACCUGAACAAGGAGUGGUUGAGCCUGAAAAACAGGAUCACAUUAUAGUUUCAAUAUGGCGUUCUAAGCAAACUCUUGUGGAAGGGGACUUGGUAUAUUUUCUGCUGAAAUUGAGAGACUACCAUCAACGUAUUACAUAAGGCUUGAAUUCAGGGGGACCAUCAUGGUGAAAAGGAAGAAGUGGUAUUGAUCUACGGAGAAAAAAAAAAAGAAAUCUCUACCCAGAGGGCAAAGAAGAUCAAUAGGCCUGCUAAGCUGGAAGUGGAGUUGUCAUGGCAACAACACCUCAACUAUUGAAUACAACAUUAUCGCCAAGAAAUAUAACAACAAAGUCACAAGAACAGAUUCUUUAUCAGAGUGCUGGGGCGAUAGUUGCUGCUAUUGUGGUUGGUGUCAUUAUUAUAUUUUCCCUGGUGCUCAUUGCCCUCAAGAUGUAUAACAGGCGUACAAGAACAGAGCGGGAACUGGGGAUGAAAAGCACCAAAACUACAAACACUCCAAGUAUGCGGGCUCACGGUUCCAUCAGCCAACCUACAUCCUUAACAUCGGUCCCGCCAGACAUCCACCUUGAAAACAGAUGAUUGUGAGCUUCUCGGCUUUGGAAACAUGAAGUAAUUCUUUGGUUGAUGAUUAAAGUUAGUUUAGGACAUUCACUGGAACAUGUGAAUUCUGAAAUGUGAGAAAACGUGCCUAUUUUAGAGACCUGUUAUGAAUCCCUGUGUUUAGAAAGCCUUCCUGGACGAAGAGCAGUGAACAGUUCUCCUGCAUGAGCAAGCAACUAUUGUGUAGAAAUCUAGUCAUGCUUUUCCAUGGACUUCACCUGAACAUUACAGUAAAAGGCAUCCUUUUGUUUCCUCUGUCCUGUGUCUAUGCAAACAUGAGAAUGUAUCCAUAUAUUCUGAGGGCCAGCAGGCCUCUGUGACUCACUGUGGUUAUUGCUGCCUUUACUCACUGGACUGAUCACUAACCUCAUCAUGGAUUUUAUAUAUGUAUGUGUGUGUAUUUAUAUUUAUAUAUAGAAAGGAUGCUAUGUAUAGAAUGUUGGAACUUUUCUUUUUUUCGGCUUUCAUUCUGUAAAUGGGAGAUUGUACCAGAGCUAGGCAGAGAUUGAGAAUACUGGGGGAUAAACCUAUCCUGACUUGGAAUGCUGGCAGCUAUGAGUGUGAUGCAGUCAUGGUGUAGUUGGCUGUAUGUGGUAUGGCAGUGCACAAACCAAUGCAAAAUGCAAUAACUCAUUUCAGUCA